UCAGCUGUUGAGAGCGAAAUGACGCGCGUUGACGAAAAGUGUGCUGUGAAGUGAAUUACUUGAAGUAAACGCUAAUUAUAUUAAUUAAAUUAUUGCGCAAAUCAAAAGCGAGCGAUAAGAAGUAAUAGGACAAACUUCAACUCUUGUCAGUGCAGUAUUUUUAGCAUUGCACAUUGCGCUGGCCAUCAUGCAAAACGAGUCGGAUGAACUGGAGGACACGCAUCUGUGCAUCAAGUGCAAUGCGACGAUUGUGGGACUGGAAAAAUACAUAGAACACCGCAAGAGGAGUUGCCUGAGCAUUGCCAGAAGUCAGACGCAGCAGGAAAAACAGGUGGUGGCCAGAACGGCAUCGGGAGCCACGGAUCACAGCUAUGAUGGCUUUCACUUUGCGGAACCGGAGGCACCGAGCAGUUAUCUGCGCAAGACGACGGCCAGUCAUGGAGGGAAGACAUCCAAGUCCUUGACGGAGGCCUAUGAUCCGACCUAUGAACUGGGUGCCGAUGUGUUCUUCUCCUCACUGCAACUGCAGAGUGUCUCCACGGGCGGCAAGACGAGUGCACGUCCCGAAAGGGCCAAGGAGGAGUCGAGUUGGCAUGCCAGCAGCAGGUGCACAGAUCCUCUGCUGAAAGCGGUGCGGGAACAGGAGGAAUCUGACUUUAAGCCACUGAAAUUCGUGCAUUCCCCUGAGGCCAGCGAGGAGGAGGAGGAGGAGGAUGAGCCAGAUGAUUUCGAUGAUGAUGAUCAGGAUCACGAUGCGGACGAGGACUACGAUGCACGUCGUCACUCGCCACCAGCUGUGCCGGCAACCCACACGGGCGGCAAGUGGAAGCCCGAGCAUCGUCCACAGUUGCGUCACACGCAUCUCGAACGCAUCUCGCCCAGCUGGGAUGAUCCCCCAGAGGAGUCACAUGACCAUCCGCCAGCGGAGCACACACAUGGCAAAUGGGUGCCGGGCAGUAAACAGCUGGAGUACCGCGAAAACAUCGACUUGACCAAGCUGCAACAACCGGGUGCAAGUUAUUGGUGCAACAUCUGCUGUCGUCGCCUCAAGACGCGUCCCAACUACGAGCAGCAUCUGCGCAGUGGUUACCAUCACCGCCGGGCGGAUGCAGAGCGUCAGUUGGAGCAGGCCAAUCUUGAAGGCGCCAAUCUCACACUUGCCAAGGACUUCGAGCCAGUGCAGCAUGUGCAGCAUGUGGAGCACGUGGAGCAGCUGCAACCUCGUCGGCGUCGCCGUCGCGCCAAUCUGCUGAGAUGUGAGCUCUGCCGACACAGCAUGGCCAGAUAUCUCAUGGGCAAGCAUCUCAUCUCCCACUUUCACUAUCGACGCCUGCAGCAGCAACAGACGCAGCUGCGCCGCCAGAGCUCCCUGCAUGCCAUCCUCGAGCACAUGGGCAGCAUUGUGAGGCAGGCGCCUUAGUGCCUCCCCUGUCAGUUCUAUGCCAACACUGAGCAGGCUUUUCAGGUCCAUUGGCGCUCCGCCUCGCAUGUGGAGCUUACCGAGCGACUGGGCGGCGAAUUCUGGUGCAGCUACUGUCAGUUCGAGUGUGGCAGCAACGAGCAGAUGUGGCAGCAUCUGUUGCAUGCCACGCACCAGGAAGUGCUCCUCGCACUCAAUCGCUCUGUGCCCGUUUGUAUUGCACAACGUCGCCGGCUGCGUUGCGAGGUGUGCAACGAAAGUUUCCUCUACAAUUUGCAGCUGCGUCGUCACUUAGCCACAGAGCAUGCCGGAUUGGUUGCCACAGGCAGCGCCUCGGAUGAGUAUCAGUGCCGCUUCCGUUGCAGCACUUGUGGCGCCGCACAGCGGUCACGUGUGGCACUGCAGCGACACGAGAAGCACAAACAUCACCUGGCCAGAUAUUACUGUGCUCCGUGUGCCCUGGAGUUCGAGACGCCGCAAGAAGCGCGUCGGCAUCGCAGCCUCGUGCAACAUGCGCGACGUCUGCCGAGACGCAAGUUCGUUGCACAGCCGGAGCGUGACAUUGAGCAUAUGCUGCGCGAGGUACUGGAGGAUCAGGAGGAUCAGCCCUCAGCAGCCAAGAAACGUUGCCUGGUCAGACAAUGCGCCAGUUGCAAGCUUAGCUUUGAGACGCCUCAGGCGCUGGUCGAGCAUCGCCGUCAGUCGCAUCCCAUGGACAAUCAUGCCUGUCUCAGCUGCGGCAGCAGCUUUCAGUCCGCCCAGGCGCUUGGUCGCCACACACGCAGCUGUCAACCCAUCGCCUCCACAUCGACAUCUAAAUCCACAGCCGACUCCAACUUAGAAUCCAAAUCCUGGCGCUGUGAUCAGUGUGAUUUCAACUCUCAAUACGAGUCGGAUUUGCUUUAUCAUGGCUUCUUCCAUUCCCGUGAUUCCUCCAUCGGCAAGAACGAGCUUCUCCAAUGUCCGCGCUGUCCCAAACAAUUUCGCAAACAUUCUCUUCGUGCUCAUCUUCGCAAUCACACGAAUGAGCGCAUCUUCGAGUGCAACGAGUGUCAUGUCAAGUUUGCCAGGCGACACAAUCUCAAGAAUCACAUGGCCACCAUGCAUGCAACAAGAAGCGCAGCAACAAACAAGUCCACCGCAACAACAACAACUACAGCAACAACAACUGCGAAGGUGACGCCCAAGAAAUCAAACGGAGAUAAUCCCCGUAAGAAAUUUCAAUGCGACAUUUGCGGCAAAAUUCUUACCAAAAAAUUCUCCUUGAAACAACAUGAAAUGCUUCACACUGAGGUGGUACGUCGUUUUCGCUGUCAUUUUGAGGACUGUCACUAUGCAGGCCUUACUCCGGAAGCUCUCAAGACCCACCUGCUCUCCCAUGCCGAGGGCAGUCACAAGUGUUUACACGAAAACUGCAAGUACGUGGGCAAAAGUGAGCAGCACUUAAAGAGACACCUCAAAUCACAUGUGAGCGAAAAAUUUGCCUGCGAUCAGUGCGAUUUCAGGGCCCGCAUCAAGGGUCAGCUGAAGCGUCACAUGCUUCGACACACGGGGGAAAAGUCUCACAAGUGCCCCCACUGCAACUUUCAGUGUAGCACUUUUGACAACCUGCGAAAACACAUCAUCAAAACGGGCAAGCAUCCCGGCAAGUUCAUCUACGAGUGUGCCUCCUGUACCGACCGACAGACAGCCAGCAUCUUCAAGACCAAUAGCUUCAAAGAGUAUCAGCUGCAUUUGAACACACAUAAAACACAUUCAUCUGAAGUCAUUUGAAAUAUCAUUUAAA